CUCAUCUGUUCCGCUAAAUUGUGGCGUAAAUAGAAUUCGUCAAAAGACUCCGUCAUUCGACACUAGAGAGAACCUAUAAUUAUGGACUAGACUCCAUUUGGUUCAGAUAUUCUCUUCUUUGGAUACUAACUGGAACCUUGAACAUGACAUAGAUGAACAAAACCUCAGUGCCAUGGAUAGAACUCCAGAGUUACCAAUAGAAAUCCUCCACCAAAUACUCUCUCGUCUCUCCACAAAAACUGCGGCCCGAACCAGCGUGUUGUCAAAGCCAUGGCUUAAAGCAUGUUCGACGAACCCCCAUCUUAGUUUUGAUGAAUCUUACUUUCAAAACUUUCAAGGUAAGUUCUUGAGAAUUGUAGACAAUACUUUGGAAAGGUAUCGUCAUGAAAAUCUACCUAUUUCAACUUUUAAGCUUUGCAUCUCUUUCUCUAAUCAAACUGACUGUGAUGGUCUGGUGGAUAAAUGGUUAGAUAUAGUUGUAGAGAAAGGGGUUUCACAGGUUGCACUUUUGGCGAAAAGCAGAUCAAGAUCGGUUUCAGAAAGAUAUACUUUGCCAGCUUAUACCAUAUUUGCUAUGGAAUCAUUGCAGGAGUUGGAGCUAAAUCAUUGCAAAGUACUGAAACUAAAACCAAUACUAUUUGAAGAUAGCAAAAUUAAGUGUCGUAACCUAAAAAGUCUAAGCUUGCAUUAUGUUACUCUUUCUGAAUCAACACUUGAUAGCCUAAUUUCAUGUUGCAGCCCUCAGAUCAUGAUGAUAUCGUUGCACUACUGUUUUGGGUUUAGUGGCAUUCUUGCUUCACAUCUUCCUAACCUUUUGUCUCUUAAUAUAUUAUGCUGCCCAAUUGAGGAAGUUCAUAUUGUUGAUGCACCAAAAUUGUUGUCUUUCGAAUGUGUGAACAAAGAUAAGUUGGAGCCAGCUUAUUAUUCAUCUGGUGUUGACAUAUUCUUGCGUUCGUUCAAUAUUGAUACUUGCCAGAAUCUCAGAAGGGUAGAAUUUGUGAAGGCUACAAUGGAUGAUACGAUUCUCUUCCAACUUAUACAAAAAUUACCCUUCACUAAGGAAUUGAGCUUAAGCUACUGUAAGUACUUGAAAAUAAUGAAAAUCUCAAGUUCAACCCUUGAGGUUUGUAGCAUAAGCAAUUGUGAAUGCUUAUUGCAAGCCAUUUUUGAUGUGCCCAACUUACUCUCCUUAGCUAUCUCAGGUCAAUAUAGACUGCCAUCUCUAUCUUUUGAAUGUGUUUCAAGCCAAUGCAGGAUUUUCAUAGAUUAUCACUAUCUAUGGGAUGCUGAGAGCUUCAUUAACUUGAGGAGAUCUCUAGUUGAGUUGAAUGAUUAUAGGGUAGACUUGACAACGUCUAAUAUACUUUUCAGUAGCUUUAGCUCUAAAAGCUUGAGAGCAAGUGGAAUAAGCGAUCAUCAUCCCACACCUCAAGUUGAGAACUUGACAUCUAUUUCUAGAAAUUUAACUGUCAUAUUCCACUUACUUUGAUGCCAUCUUCUUGACUUGUUGGCCCAAGAGUUUAACAGUACAAUGUGACGAAGAAUUUAAAAAGUUUCUACGUCAACAAUUGUUGAAGAAGUACCAGUGGAGACUUAGCAAAUGUACUUGGAAAGAUUAUCUCAUUAAUGCUCAGAUAGAAUACAAGAGAAAGAUAGAAGAUGGUUGGGUCACUCUUGAUAGGAAAAUGUUGGCAGCUAACCCUGGUAUUAUUGAAGAGAUCCAUACAGUUCGCUUCAAGCAGGCUUAAAGGAAAAGAGAAAAACAAAGAAUUGUCUAUUUCAAGAUGCAUUCCUAGAUGGAGGGCUCAUCAAUUGGAGUGAACAAUAUAGUUUGUGAUUAGAUUUUAUAACAAUUUUUGUCCCCCCCCCUCCCCCCCGACGAAAAAAAUAAAAAGAAAAUAUAACGUGGUUUUAUUUAAGCUUUCCUCUCGUUCUAGACUUGCAUUGAGGCUCGUGGUUUAUGUUAAUUUAAGCUUA